AUGGACUUUACAAGUUGUAGUUCCCUUAUGGAAAACCGUCUGACAAAACAAUCAGGGGCAGUCGCCAAAAGCUGUCCGUUCCUGGCCACGCGUCUGUCCUUUGCCAUUCCCGUCGUGGGUGCCCUCAUCACCAUCUUCUGCCUUUCUGCGUUACUGCGCACCAGCUUCAGCGAUCCCGGGAUCAUUCCACGUGCCACGCCUGAUGAAGCAGCUGAUAUAGAACGCCAAAUGGAGGUACCCAAUCCCGAUAAUCCGACAUAUCGGCCGCCUCCCCGGAUCAAAGAGGUGGUGAUAAAUGGUCAGACCAUCAAGCUCAAGUACUGCUUCACUUGUAAGAUAUUCAGACCCCCUCGGGCAUCCCACUGUAGCCUCUGCGAUAACUGUGUCGAACAAUUUGAUCACCACUGCCCAUGGGUGGGCAACUGUGUGGGGAAGAGGAACUAUCGCUUUUUCUACUUGUUUAUCGUCUCCACAUGUUUACUUGCUAUCUAUGUCUUUGCAUGUAAUAUUACUACGAUCGUGCUGCUGAGCAACGAUGCUGGUGGAUUCUUAGAAGCGUUGAAGAGGACCCCAGCCAGUAUCAUUGAGGCCUUGAUAUGCUUCAUAUCUAUAUGGUCCGUACUAGGACUGGCUGGCUUCCAUACGUACCUGGUGGCAUCCAGUCAAACUACAAAUGAAGAUAUAAAAGGCACCUGGUCGUCCAAGAGAUCUCAAGAUAUAUUUAAUCCUUACAGUCACGGUUCUGUCGUCAGUAACUGCUGCAUGGCUAUAUGUGGGCCUUUCUCACCAAGCCUGAUUGAUCGUAGAGGGUUUGUGGUCCCCGCUGAACCAUCUGUAGUCUCCUCCUCCAGCCCUACCAGGCCAUUACACUCAUACGGUAGUGCAGCACCUACACAUGCAGUUAAUUUUUCAGAUAGUGAGGAUUCCAACUCGCGCCUCUCUUCGAGUAGUGACUCCGAACAUCAGGACAACAAGGCUGGUCUCUCCGUCACCAUGACGAGCACAUUAACGGACCAAUCGGCAGAGCCGUCACCUUUCAAAGUGGCCAAUGAGGUGAUGGGUCAACGCUCAGGGCCCACGUCCAACGGCAAAGUCCUGCAUCUAGGGCAGGUCAACUCGGUGCACCCGUCGCCGACGACGCCAAGGGAAACCCAGCCGUUGCUUGGCUCAGAGAUGACAAUGGGCGACAUCGACAAACAGGGUCACCAAACGGUGACCCCUAGGAGUACGGAGGAGGGCGGAGACUCACUCCAAGGGAUGAGUAAUUGGGGACUGGUUAAGCUCAGCUCAGUUUGAGUUUUUUAUAUAUAAAAUACAUAAACAAAAUAUCUGUCUGUAUUCAUAUAGGAUAUUAUACAUUAUUGAAACUGUCUUUAUAUUAAUGCUUACAUCAAAUAAUGCAAUGAAGCCUUUAUCGCAGCUCUCUGUUUUCAUUUUAGGUAGAUGUACACGUAGGAUUUGUAGGCAAAAUGUACAACAAGCACCACACAUUUACAGCAUUCAGUGUAGGUUCACAUAGAUCGGUAGUGCAGAAAACCAUUUCCGUUUGCAUAGAUUUGUCGGUAAAUAUUAUACAGCGGUGGAAAGCACUCAAAUGUACUGAGUGCAGAAAAAUUACAUACAUGUAGAACAGACAAAAAGAUAGACUGGUGUCCAGUCUGAAUCCUUCCAGUCUUUAUCCUCGAGUAUAAAGACGGAUGCGGUUCUUACAAACCAAAUGGUUUCAUGGGAUAGACUAAAAGCAUGCAAUGGUCCAAGCCCCCAUUGCAUUGGAGCAAUUUUUGUUGAAGCUUCUAGCCACACAAUUUGAUGAAAAAUGCUAUUUGCGACUUGGUCCCUGAAUGAUUUCCGCUCGAUGUAGAACUUCACUAAGGGAAUAUUUGUUGACUUGUUAUUGCAAACCUCAUUAUGUACUAAUGAUUACAUUUUUUUUGUAAACUUGUUUUCUGCCCUGCUCUGGCCGAAAAUUGUCUUUUUUUUAAAAGAAACUACUUAAUCUGCCCUUACAAGAUAGACAUUGUGGGUGUUUUUUAAGUACAACCUUCACUUAUGGGUUCUCUUUUGAUAUUGUGUGGUUAACCCCACUUUUUUUAAUGAGAAUAAUUUAAGACAAGGGAUGAAUAGAAAACAAACACAGAAAGCCUGCAACGUCUCUCUACUACAGCUGCUCUACAUGUACAUGUAGAUCGGUAGUUUCUUCAACUCCCAGUAAGAAACCAUGAGAGAUUGUCUGUCAAGUACAUGACCUGUGACGUACAUGUACACGUACAUGUACCCGUACAUGUACCCGUACAUGUACCCGUACAUGUACCCGUACAUGUACCCGUACAUGAACACCUACUUACAUGUACAUGUACAUUUUUCUUUGGAGCAGAUUUGGAUGGUUCAUGCGAACUACAUGUACGGCCUUUUGUUGUCUGCUGCUUUUUGCUGCCACUAUCGCAAAAGGGUUAACAAGCACAGGCCUGAUAACUCACAGAGGCAACAAUUGCGGUUGCCUUCAUGCCCCCUGGCCCUUGAAAUGCUCAAGUAGAAAUUUACAAUUUCCUCAUAGGGUGCCCUUUACAACGAAAACAAUAAAUGCCUUGCUGCCUGUUUUCAAGAAAGCACUUAAAAAACAUCUUUUUCCUUAGUGUCUGUUUAUUGCUUUAUUGUUCAUUUGUUGUAUUAUCUGCAUUGCUGUUGUUCGUUUAAAGCGCUGUGGUCAUGGUGGUCUAAAUGAAAUGGCGCUAUAUAAAAAAAACCAUUGUAUUGUAUUGCUGUUAGCAUACAGGCCUGCAAGCAUAAAUACAUGGACAAAAGUAUCAUGAAGAAAUAUCUUUUUCAUCAAAGGCUAUUUAGUUUCAAAUGUGUUUAAAGAACCUCAGUUGUGGUAACUUUUUGCAAUUAAAGGCAGUGGACACUAUUGGUAAUUACUCAAAAUAAUUAUCUGCAUGAAACCUCACUUGGUAACAAGU